CAAAUCGAUUUUGGCCCAUCUCUAUAUGCCAGUCAUCUUUUUUUUGUUGUCGCUUCGGAAAUUCGCAUUUAAAGCCAAUAAUACUUUGUAAUUUUAGAGAUGUCCGUGCGCGUUAUUAACGACGAGUCUCACUUCCAGGCGGAGCUGGCCCAGGCUGGCGUUCGCCUGGUCGUGGUGGACUUUACGGCCACCUGGUGUGGUCCCUGCCAGCGAAUCGCCCCGAUAUUUGAGAUGUUCCCGAACAAGUACCCCAAAGCAAUCUUCCUCAAGGUGGACGUGGACAAGUGCCAGGACACGGCCGCCGGCCAGGGCGUUUCAGCCAUGCCCACGUUCAUCUUCUACAGAAACCGGACCAAAAUCGACCGCAUUCAGGGUGCGGACGUCAACGGGCUGGAGGCCAAGAUCCAGGAGCACAUCGGCACCGGCGGCGGCGAAGAUGCGGGCGAGGACUACGGACAGGGCUUGAUGGAGCUGAACACCUUCAUCUCAAAGCAGGAGUGCGAGUGUCUCAACGAAUCCGACGACCACAAUUUAAAGCACGCCCUGGCCUCUGCCGGUGGCUACCUACAGUCGGAUUGCGAUGAGCAGCUUAUCCUGUCCAUCACCUUUAACCAGGCUGUGAAGAUCCACUCCCUGAAGUUCAAGGCUCCUUCGCAGUUAGGUCCCAAGGAUGUCAAGUUAUUCAUCAACCAGCCCCGCACAAUUGACUUCGACAUGGCCGAGUCCAUGACCAGUGUGCAGGACUUAAGUCUGGCUGAGAAGGAGCUGGAGAACGGCGUCCCCGUGAAUCUACGCUAUGUCAAGUUCCAGAACGUCCAGAACAUCCAGAUCUUCGUGAAGAACAAUCAGUCAGGUGGUGAUGUGACGCAGAUCGACUACAUCGGCUUUAUUGGCUCCCCCAUCAUGACCACCAAGAUGAACGACUUUAAACGGGUCGCCGGCAAGAAGGGCGAGAGUCACUAGGUUACCCACUAGGAAUCCGUUAAAAAUGUAAUCGUUUUCCCAAUGA